ACCUCCUUAGUGACAGUAAAUAGUACGGAUGCCCGGUUUAACGUUAACAAAAUAUCAGCGACUGUGCCUGUGUGGUACUUUUUGACCCAUAUCGAAAACAGUUUCUCUAUUUAAGACACGAUAAAACGUCUGUUUGCCUUUCCAUUUCGUGGGUGUUUCGGUUGUUUUGACAACCUGAUGUGGAUGUGGCCUUAAGCUAGUUAGCAUUUAAGCUAGCCAUUAAACUGACUGACGUCGUGAGGCUGAGAUUGAAUAAAAUAGAAGAAAAACGAGCAUUUCUGCUUUAUUAGUCAUGAAACACUCACUUAGAUCGUGACAUGUGUGUAUUUUUGCGUACUCUGAGACUUAGUUUCCUUCUGAAAACACAGCUGUUAGUGAAUGAAGUCUGGACAAAACCCAAAAACACGUUGUAUUUGGUGUCUGCUCAAGCUGUGUUAAUGACUGCACUGACAGACUUUGAACAAGCAGCAAAGAGACAAAGGGUUGACAUAAAUAUCCCGUCGCCCCUUUCAUAUGUCCACAGAGGGCCGUCUCUGUGCAGCACAGAUGAGACCAUAGCUCAAGAAAAGAGGGAAGGCCAAACUGAGACGAGAAUGGAUAUAAGACCAAAGACUGGAGCAGGUGGUUUGCGAGGUGUGAAGACAAAGAGUCCUCUUCAGAAAACUGGCCCCAAGCAGCAGCAGAAGGUCAGGAGUACUCUUGAUCGUUGGUUGGUCACGCCGCGCUCCAAAAGUCCAGUCCUGGCUGAAGAGUGCCAAACCCAAGAUGAUGUGGAAAUGACGAAUGAUUGUGACUUUCCGGUCACUCCAGUUCAGUGUAUAGGUGAAGAAAGUGAGGAAAAAUCUUCUUUUUUUGACAUGGAUGAAGAAACUCAACUAUUAACUCCGCAAGACUUUCUUACAGACAGCCCUGCAUCACCCGCUUCCAAGGAUUUUGCAGGAAGCAAUCUUGUACACACUUUCUCUCACAGUGAAGAUGGGUUCGAAAAGCAAGACGUUGAAAGCUGCUCCACAAGCAUAGAGAGAACUGCCAAACAAAGAGACAAAAUUACAGACUUUUUUUCAGGAGCCUCCUCACUAGGUCUACCUGUGAGAAAGGGCGGGCGGGAUAAAUCUCCAGAAAAACAAGAAAAGGACUCAGCAUCUGCACGUGUCACAUGGUUGGGGACGCCCAUCACUGAGCUAAAGAGAAUGCCUGAAUGUGGUGCAUCACUUCCUCCACUGAAGGAUGUUCCUGGCAAGCACACUGUGAUGAUAAGGACAGACCUGCUGAGGAGUGGGACGGUUCCAGUCCCAUAUCCCACUGUGUUUAGGGACGUCUGGGAUGACGUCCAUGUCAAGAUGCCUUGCUCCAGAAGGAACUUGUUUCCAGUAGAAGACGAGGAGACACAAGAACUGCAAAAUAAAAGUCGUUGGGAGCUAAUCAAAGAAACUCUAAACCAGAACUUUAAAAGUGUACUUGAGCUGAAGCAAGCAUUAUUGAAAUAUAAUGCCUCAAAUGCCAAAAAAUGGGACUUCACAGCAUUGCAGUUGUAUUGCACUGAGGUCCUGGAGCCUGAUGCUGCUGAACAUCUGUUUGACUCAGUGCUGCCAGACAUGGUUCAAUUAGCAAUGAGAGCAUCUGAGCUCGCCACCAAGCCCAUACCCCUCCUGAAAAGAGGCAUGAACCACUCCAUCACCAUGUCUCAGGAGCAGGUGGCAUGUCUGCUCGCCAACGCCUUCUUUUGCACCUUCCCUCGACGCAACUCCAGAAAGGCUGAGUACAGCAACUAUCCAGACAUCAAUUUUUUCAGGCUGUUUGAGGGUUCCUCUUCAAGGAAGAUCGAAAAGCUGAAAACGUUGAUGUGCUACUUUAGAAGUGUCACUGAGCAAAACCCGGCUGGACUUGUAACAUUCACUCGGAAAGGGUUGGAUAAAGUGCCCAAUUGGAGAAGCUCACAGACGCCGUUCACAAAACUCCACAUUACAUGUGAAGGCACCAUAGAAGAUGACGGGUAUGGCAUGCUUCAGGUGGAUUUUGCCAACAAGUUUGUGGGAGGAGGGGUCACCGGUUCUGGUCUCGUUCAAGAGGAAAUACGUUUUCUAAUCAACCCUGAGCUCAUUGUUUCUCGUCUCUUCACUGAAGCCCUGGAUCAUAAUGAAUGUCUGAUUAUCACAGGAACGCAGCAGUAUAGUAAAUACACGGGCUACUCUCAGACGUACGAGUGGGAUGGCAGCCACCAGGACGGGACUCCAAGUGAUGGCUGGCAGAGAAGAUGCACUGAGAUUGUGGCCAUUGAUGCACUUCAGUUCAGGAACUUUCUUGAACAGUUUCAUCCAGACAAAAUCAACAGAGAACUUAACAAGGCGUACUGUGGCUUUUCUCAGCCUCAGCUGGAAAGUGGAAACCUCGCAGCAGUGGCGACAGGAAACUGGGGAUGUGGGGUUUUCGGAGGUGACGCACGUCUCAAGGCUCUGCUCCAGAUGUUGGCAGCUGCUGAGGCGGGCCGAGAUGUCGCUUAUUUCACCUUUGGUGACAGCCAGCUCAUGACAGAUGUCCACAACAUGCACUCAUUUCUAACUCAGAGGAACAUCAGUGUUGGGGAGGUGUAUGAUCUGCUGGGAGAGUACUACAGCUCCGUGUGCAAGAGCUGCCUGUCUCGCCGCCCUGACGUCAGCCUUUACUCCUUCAUCCACCAACAGGUCGGCACCUCCCCGGUGCCCGAGGACUCCAACAGGGGUUCAGCCAGACAACACACACCCACAGGUUGCCCUUAAGGUCAUGACGCUGAUGAGUCAAUGUGAUUUUUCCUUAGAAAGUUCAGCAUUUGAGAAAUUGAAAUAUUGUCAGACUGCCGUUUAAAAUCUAGCAGUGGGUACACCGAAAUAUGGUCCUGACACCGGACCACAGAGAAGCUGUUUUCAUGGAUUCUUUUCCAGAAGAUGAGCAGCUGAGGGUGGUUAGUUAUGACCCUGUCUGGCGCUGCAGCUGGUAAUACGGCAGUAGAUUGAGCUCCAAUGCAGAGCAAUUGUGAUUUUAAUGGUGAAGCAAAGGUUGCCAUCCAUCUUCUCAGUUUGUCAUGCUACCUUUUUUUAUGUACACCCACACAAAUCCAGCCUAAUUGAGUUUUUUGCUGGAAAAGAUGUUAAAAGGGGAAAAAAAUAAUAAGAACAAUGAUGUUUGGAUAGCUUGGAGCGGUCUCAGGAAAGUGUUUUUUAAAGAGCAGCAUGGCUCUUUGGGAAAUAAUCUCCUGGCAUGCAUUUAUAUGGUUGAAAUCAUUGGUUUUAAUUGCAUUAUUGAUACAAUUGUUAAGGUUAUUUCAUGAAUGUAAUUGCACUAAAUUUAAUUUGUGUUUAUAUUAUGCUUCUUACCUCAGUUUAAAACUCUUUUUUGACUCAUUCAUUGUGA